UCCGGCGGGGUGAGCACAGGGUCGAGACUAGCCGGCUUUCUCGGGUGGUGGCGGUGGCGAGAUGACCACGCUCCGGGCCUUCACCUGCGACGACUUGUUUCGCUUCAACAACAUGGAGGAGACAGAAAUUGAAGAUGCAGAUACAGGAGAGAAAGAAUUGCAAGAGCAGGGUCCUGAGUAGUGAGAGGGGUGGGAUCUGCUGGCUGACACUCCAUGCCUAGUGACAGAAGAGCGAGCAAGCAUCUGGUGGUCAUUAGUAACUUGGACCCGCUUACAGAAACUUAUGGGAUUCCUUUUUACUUACAGUACCUUGCCCACUGGCCUGAGUAUUUCAUCGUUGCAGAGGCACCUGGUGGAGAAUUAAUGGGUUAUAUUAUGGGUAAAGCAGAAGGCUCAGUAGCCAGGGAAGAAUGGCAUGGGCAUGUCACAGCUUUGUCUGUUGCCCCUGAAUUUCGACGCCUUGGUUUGGCUGCUAAACUUAUGGAGUUAUUAGAGGAGAUUUCAGAAAGAAAGGGUGGAUUUUUUGUUGAUCUCUUUGUAAGAGUAUCUAACCAAGUUGCAGUCAACAUGUACAAGCAGUUGGGCUACAGUGUGUAUAGGACGGUCAUAGAGUACUAUUCAGCCAGCAACGGGGAGCCCGAUGAGGAUGCUUAUGAUAUGAGGAAGGCACUUUCCAGGGACACCGAGAAGAAAUCCAUCAUACCAUUACCUCAUCCUGUGAGGCCUGAAGACAUUGAAUAACCAUAGGCAGUGGUUCUUAGGCAGUUGUUCCAAAUAGUUUAUGGACAAUAUUAUUUUCAUUGGAUGAUCUUGGAGCGCUAUUAGGAGAAAAGUAAUCAUUUAGGUCUUAAAGACUUUAAGAAAAUACAGGUUAUAAACAUAUUUUCAGUCUCAUUGUUUCCAUUUAGCAAUAUCACAUGUCUUAAAGCUGUUUGUUCUAAUAAAAUUCAAUCAAGAAGGCAGCUAGGUCAGAAGGAAACCUUCCACUAUCAUGGUUCAUAAUAUUCACUAUACGCCGGGAAAAAAGACUUGCUCCAACCUUCUAAACUCUGUGCCUGAGAACCACUGCUGCAUAUAUAUAUAUAUAUAUACAUAUAUAUAUAUUUUUUAUUUUGUAUUGAACUGUUAAUUGAAGCUUUAAAAGCAUAUAUGAAAUGUACAAAUCUAAGAUGUAUAAUAAAAUACAUUGUUGACUAUG